AUGCCUUUGGGACAAGCCCCUAGCGCCUCUGUCCAUCUCAUGCCCUGUGUGAUCAAUCACAAUGGACCUGCACAGAUCACGGAGUAUUUCUCCGCCACAGUAAAAGACUGCAAGCAUGAGAAAACAGUGUCAUUUCGGGGCCGAGGUCUUAAAGGAAAAGAGAUCAGCUGUCCACAACAUUACACCGGUCUUGUGGUGAAAGAAGUCAACAGGCCGGGUUCAGAGCACGAGGACAGAACAGUUCGAGUAUCCUCAGUGUUUGACAAGCUGACGUAUUGGAAUCUGGAAACUCCACCGAGCUCAGAUGACACAAUUGUGAUGUCCAUGGAUUGGCCUGAGUUGGCAGAGGCAAUACAUGGACCAGUAAAUUAA